AUGGACUCAUUUGCCAUCACAGAAAGCUUGGUACCCCCAAACCAGCACGAAAACCAACCUGAGUCGGGUGUGUCUAGCAAAUUGACCGAAGAGACCAAUAAGUUCCAACGCGCCAUUGCAGCCUGGAGAGGGAUUGACUUGGCUAAUACUAUUGCGAAACUCGAUGCCACCGCUACGGAUCUUGUCGAACAGCAGCGCGAUGCACUCGUGCAAAGAAAGGACCUGGCGCAGAAAACGAAGGACUUCAAGAAGCUAGAUGACGACUCGAAACUUUCAGAAUAUAAAUCGCUGCUGAAGUCCUAUCAGUCUUUUAUCGAUUUGUUGACCAACCAGGGCAAAACCUCCUCUUCCUCGUUCUUACAACUAUAUUCCUCAUUAUCCGAGGCUCCGGACCCAUACCCCCUCCUCGAAGCUUCCGUUGACUCCCUUGUUCUGUCAGAAGACACAGUCCCAAAGCUGAACUCUGAGCGGGAGCAACUGCAGAAGUCCGUGGAUCGCCUCACCAAACAACAAGACGAGACUGAGAAACGUCUGCAGGAGGAACGUGCCGCGAGGAAAAAGUUGGAGGAAAACCAGGAGUCAAGAGCCAAGGAGAUUGAGGCAUCGUGGGAAGCUGUAUUGACAGAAAAGACGAACAAUUGGACGGCAAAGGAGAAGAGCUUAGAGGAGAAAGUGGAGAACCAGGAUCGGCUGAUCAAGGAACUCAAAGCGAGCUACGAGGUUUCACAGCGCCUAGGUGAGGGCAGGAGUCAUGGAGAUGAUAAUGAUGGUUCUCGGAGUAGCGCUACAGCGGCUGAGCUUGAACUGCUGUCCGCCGACUUGGAAAAGACCAGCUUGAGGUUGGCUGACAUGGAAGCGCGCAAUGAGCAAAUGCGGCUGGAGCUGGCUCAGGCUGUAUCACACUCAUCUGGCCCUACUUCUGUUCAAGAUGACCCUGAUUAUCUUCGACUCCAGUCGGAGAACUCUUCCUUGCUUCGAAAACUGGAUGCUGCUCGAUAUGCCAAGGACUCGGAGCGGCAUACCUGGGAGGCUAAGCUGCUACAGGCGGAGCGAGCAGCAUCAAAGGCAGCAGUGGAAAAGGAAGAGUUGCGUUCCCGAUUGGCCAAGGUGGCUGAUUAUGAUGAGAUUCGCCGGGAGCUGGAGAUGAUCAGGUCGAUCGAAUUUGCCGGUGGUGAUGAUGAUGAAGUCGGAGAGGGUGCUGCUGAGGGUGGCACGGCGGACGGCAAUGCUGAUGGGGCGAAAUCAAAAGAGAAGAACUCGCUAGAGCAGCUUCUCAUGGCCCGAAACAAGAAGUUGACGGAUGAGCUCACGCUUCUGCGAGUCUCGCACCGUGAUAUCCAAGGCCAGCUCGAAACACUACGCACUGAGCUAUCAAACUCGAAGGAAGAGCUGGAGAAGUCACGAAGCCUGUCAAGCACCCUUGAAAAUGACCUUCUCCGUGUACAGGAUGAGGCUGCAAAUACAUUCCCCUCCGCGGCCAUGUCUGUUGCGGGAACUUAUACCUCCAGAUACCCCCACUCAGCCCGUCGGGGCGCAUCGUCGCCUACGUCCUCCAUCAUCUCUGGCUUUGAUCAGAGUGCGGCAUCUGCCCAUACCAUGGAAUCUAUCCGUGCAGGGGAGGCUGUCGGCGGUGGCUCCGGCCUCCUGCCUAUGAUUCAGGCCCAAAGAGACCGCUUCAAGAAGAAGAAUGCCGAACUCGAAGAAGAGCUGUCAAAACUGUACGCCACUGUCAAAUCCCUCCGACAAGAAGUCGCAUCACUCCAGAAGGACAAUCUGAGUCUCUACGAAAAGACUCGCUAUGUCUCGACCUACAGUCGUGGCGGUCAGAGUGCAUCUACAUCUGCCUCGGCCUAUGCCAACACCCCCAGCUCCACUUCCGUCUACACCUCCGCGGAUACCCCUUCUGGUCUGUCUCUCGACCGAUACCAGUCCGCCUACGAGGCUCGGAUCUCUCCAUUCGCUGCCUUCCGGGGUCGUGAAUCGACACGCGCAUAUAAACGCAUGAGCCUCCCAGAACGGAUCGUGUUCUCUCUCACUCGGGUGAUUCUUGCCAACAGGACGAGCCGGAAUUUGUUCGCUGCUUACUGCUUUGCGUUACAUCUCCUCCUUUUCGCUGUGCUCUAUAUGAUGAGCACUACGGAGAUCGAGAAGCAUAGCGCUAUGGGCGCUGCCGGUAGCGCCGCUGCUGCUGCUUACGGUGGUACUGGAGGUGGAGGGGUCAUGGGUAGUGGCGGGGGCCAGUUGCAUGACGAUGACUGGCAGCAGGAGGGUUUCAACUAA